AUGGAAGAUGUCGCCCGGGUCGAUUUGAACGUCUCAAGCAAGUAUGCUUUCCGUCUCAUCAUAUCCAAUCGUGUUUUUUCUCACCUUGGUAGCGCUGGACUCUAUAAUGUCAUUCUGCAAAACGUUUCUGAUGCAGCAUCUUUGAUGGCCGCUGCUCUCUCUACACAAACCCACGACGACGCCAUACGGUGCAUGCAGCCCUGGGUUGGGUUUGCUCAGCGAGUAUCAUCUCAAGACAACUAUGUGGCAGGCUCCCUAAGGCCUCUAGUUGAGACCGUAUUCUCAACGUUGACCGAAGACAAAUUAUUUAGUGCAUCGGCAGAACUUCUUGUGGACAUACUUUCCAACUACCCCUCCCUCAUGGUCGAAGAACACUACGAGUAUUUGGCGGAUCUCUUUACAACAAACUGGGCGCAACAGCGCUACCAGAAGCUACUACAAGGCGACUUUGAGGUUGAGUCUAUACAAUUUGGGCAACUUCUGCUAGGCUUUGGUGAGGUCAAGAUGGAGACACUCUUGCGCAAGGAGGAUGGCCGAACCCAGCAUGUCCUAUUGAUCUUGUGCGGCUUGCUUGCUGCAAAGGGUUAUCCAGUGGCCAAGGACACGAUAUUCGUACCCACUGUCGAGUUUUGGUCGACUUUUGCACAGUCUGCGACCGAUUCUGUCCUUGUUGAUAAUCAAGCCAUGCCGAGCAAGAUCGUGUCCGUCGUUUGGGAUGCGGUCUCAAACGCGUGGCAGAAGAUCGAGUACCCUCCGUCUGAAGAAUUCCACCAGUGGGACUCCGCCGAUCGUGUUGGCUUUGCCGAUGCGAGAAAGGAUGUGGUCGACUUACUACAGUCUGCAUACACACUUGUUGGGCCAAGCCUGGUUACCACCUUUGUGAAUCUGACACGAGAAGCAAUGUCAAGUUCUGCCUGGCUGCGACUUGAGGCUGCUGCAUUCUGCCUCGGCGGUCUAGCUGACUGUGGUCGUGAUGAUAACCAGUUUGACGAUGGCCUGGCGCAGGUUUUCUUAUCUCUCUCCUCCGUACUGCGCCGAACUAUCCCCUCCCGGACGCGACAGACCUGUCUGUCACUCAUUGAGCACUUCACAGAUUAUUUUGAAAGAAACGUCGCUGAUCUUACUUCUGCCCUGCGACUCUUGUUUUCGUUGCUUCUUGAGAAGUCCAUGGCGGCUUCCGCAUCCAGAUCAAUUUUGCGACUGUGCUCAGCUUGUCGCCAUCAUCUAUACCCACACAUUCACGAGUUUUUGGACAAGUACAGCUUGAUAACUUGCGGGGGUCACAUUGAUUGCAUUUCUAGCGAAAAGGUCUUGAAUGCAAUUGCCUGCGUAGCGCAGGCGAUCCCCGACCCCCUCCUGAAGCAGAGCGCUUGUGUCAAAAUAUUGGGUUUUGUUCAGAACGACGUACAUCAUGCUUGCGAGCUUGUUGCUUCCACAAACCCAGUCCAGCAUCCCUGCUUGGGACUUCGUUGCCUUGACGGCAACAUUAACGAGCAGCCAGGGUUUCACAUUGGCCAGAGGGCGUUAAGGAGCCUUGUCGGUGUUGGCAAGGGCUUUAAGUCGCCUGCUGAUGGCACAAUAGACCUCAACGCCGGCAACAGCCAGCGGGGGGCGCAAGACGGUUUAUAUCAAUUGGUGCACAGCCAUAUCAUUCAUGUGAUACGUAAACUGGAGAGCAUCUUUGGACAAAAUCCCGAGACAAUAGAGCUGAUCAGUGGCGUUCUUCGCUGUGGAUUCUCCGAGACCGAACCUGGCCCAUUUGUUCUUGAUCCAGAUAUGGUGGCCGGUUACCUUGCCAGUCACACUUCAGUCACGACAAGGAUUGGUCUGCUUGUCGGCACAGCCUGCUCCUUUACAAGCUCGCUGCAUUGCCGCCAGUUGCGAACCAGAUUUGAUUAUUUUUCCAAUUUGUUUCUUUGGGUUGUCGGGUUACUCAAAGAACUUCAAGAGUCCGACCCCGAACUUACGCAGAAUGGCAUCGAGUUUGCGACAACACUAUUGACCACGGAACCAGUCACUAUACUCCGCCCAGAGCUAGCGCUUGCGGUUGAGUAUUUCAUGCCGUUCACUCUACGAGUGCUUGAUGGUAAAGAACCGUUGCCAAAGGGGGCUGCUGCGGAUUUCUGGUCUACAUUUGUGAGCCUUGACAGCGAUGACGAAUCUUUGCAACAAGCCGUCAAAACCUCCAUGAAAACCCUGGGACCGCCAUUGGUCCUGAGUUUAUCGAAAAAUAUUGGUGGCAACGCUUCAAGGAGUGAGCUGGACAAGCUCAGCGAACCCGUGAAGAAGUUGGUGAUUCGCUAUACCGGUGCAAAGGAGUGGCUCCAGUCUGGACUUGGACAUCCAUCAUUCCCGAGUGAUAAGAUUAGCCCGGAACAGAAGGCUUUAUUUGUGGAACGGGUUAUUAGUCUAAGGGGUCAGCGAGCCACGAACCAAGUGAUUCGAGAUUUCUGGCUCUUAGCUAGGGGUAGCAAUUUCGCCUACAUUACAUAG